AUGACAGACCAAGAGAAACAACCACCAGUUUACCCCAGCGACGGCUCAUCUGCAUAUCCAACUGCGGCUCAAGAAAAGGAAGCUCUCAAGAAAAAGAAUCAACUGCCACCAGGGCCUGCCACUGGCCAGCAACCAGUUUAUUUCGAGAGUGCUUCUCCGCGAGGGUGGACCAUCGUGAUCAACAACCGGUUCUGGACGGACGGAUUCCGAGUAUUUGUAAGCCGCGACGCCUGCGACAAGUACGAAGCAUUCAAGAAAUCCAGCAAUGAGCACGUCCAAGACUUGCAGAACCAAGGUAUCGGGAUCCCCUUGUUCAAAGUUGUCAACCCUGUUUUCCCCAUCAACUCCAGGUUCCUCACGUUUAGGAAGUACACGCCUAACGCCAUUGGUGGCCCAUUUGACGUCGACAGGGACUUCCACGAGUACUGCGUUGUUAAGAAACGGUACCAUAUAGGCUACGACAGCUACAUCUUUGAGUUCCAUCCCGACCCCAAUAACCCGAAAGCUGAUUUUUCAUUUGUCAUGUUUAGCCAUACUUCGUUGCCGAUAAAUGACUACAUCUACAAGGGCGAAAGACAUCGAUGGAUAGACGAGAGUUAUAUCGGUGGGUUCAGGAAACGGUUCCAGGUGAAGUUCGGCUUCAAACAUACCGAGCUUCGUCCCGAACAGCCCUCGCUUUGCGACAACUGGGAUGGAGUAAGUGACAAAUUGGACAAGAAGAAGCAACCGAAUCCGCUCUUGGAUUCAUUCUGGAAGAACAAAUUGAAUGCGUUUUCGAAAUUCGCCAAGCCGGAAUAUUACGGACUGCACUGCUCGGCAAUCUUGGGCGAGUACGAGUCGUAUUUCGGCUUGGGCCACGCGGAGGUGCUGAUUGAUGAUGUCUAUAAUUCUAGUGCCGAUAUCGACUAUGAGAGUACCCGUAGCGUGCACGAAGACGCAAGUGUCUUGAUUUGCGUUGCUUCGGUUUUGAAGCGACAGAAGGAUAUCAUUGAAGAUCGGAAGAAGAGAAGUUCAAACUAA